AUGCCACUUUUUAGGAAUUUUGAAUUGUUUCGCUUCCGAACGUGUAAGAAAAAGCAACUGCGGCCGACCGCAGGGUUCAGAAGCGGCCGUUUGGGAACUGUGAGGGCUGGGGUCGCUGGAGAGGGACCCGAUCUCUGUGGGCCGCUGGAAGCAGCGCUUGGCCGGGCCUGGCCAGGCACAGGUGGUUUGGCUGCUCGCAAAGAACCUGGGCUCAGACUGCGGCCCGCCGCCCGGGCUGAGAGAGCGAUGCCGGCGGCGCCCCUGACUCGGGAGAGAUCUGAGCGACCUGUUGGCCUCGAGGAAGCGGUAUUCGCGCGGGCCGGCGCGGCUCAGGGCCUGGCGUCGAGGCCGCGGGCGCGGGGUGGCCGCGCGGGCGGCUCCCCUGGCGGGCCGCACCCUCGUCUCAUCCUCGUUCCUGCCCCCACCAGCCCCGUGGAGCCGGGCUUCCCCGGGGCCCGAGCCCCGCCGCUUCUCGGAGAGGGGGCUGAGCGGCCCCGCGGCUCGCGAGGCGGAGGGAGCCGCUGCAACUGUCGCGAAAAGUCGGCGGCGACUAUUGAUUUCGGGCGAGUAGGGGGUAGGGAAGGCGCGGGGCCGGGCAGGAGAAUCGCCCCGGCCCUCGGGCGCCCUGGACCCGGCGACCUCGCCGCCAGGCCUGGUUUCGCCCUCGGGCCCGCUCUUGCCUCCUUGGGAGGAACCGGAGGGGAGCUGAAGACAAAGGCAGGGCCGAAGGCAGUAGCUGCUCCGGGCCCCGCGUUCCGCAGGCGGAAGGGCGCACCGGGAGCGCUUCCGGUCUCCGCACGCUUUCCAGCGCGGACCCGGCGGCUCCAGGCCCAGCCCGGCGAGGCUCACGGGCUUGUAAGGCCAAGCGGCUCCCCUCCCAACGCCGCAGUGCGACGGGCGACCGGGCCACGGGGCCACCGGCCCCUGGCACUUGUCGCCCUCCUCGUGGGCAGGGUGAGUCACGUUUGGUCAUUUAUGUUCAGCCACAGAAGACUUUGUGAAAAAAGAGAUGCCAUGCUGAAAAGACAUGUACCAUCCUCCAUUGGGAUUUCAGCACCAAUGCUUCAAUCACACUGUUGUGGCACAGAGCAGCACCUAAGGGAAUGGAGCCCAGCAAAGAUGUUUUCAGCAGUGGCCAGGGAGCAUACGUACAUCCCAGAGAGCCAGGGAGAGAGAAGGAUUUAG